AUGCCUAAUUCAAUACCAGGUCUUUUAAUCCUCGCCAGUCCACUUCUUUUCCGGCUCCUGUCGUUUGGCAAGAGGCCUGAGGGAGUCGUCGACAUUGGCACGACGCCGCCAACCACGACACACACGGUAGUGAUCCUCGGCGCCGGCCUGGCGGGCGUCCCACUCGUCCACCACCUGCUAAAGCACACGCCAGCAUCAGUUGGCCUGCGUGUGGUGCUGGUCAGCCCCAAUGACGCGCUACUGUGGGCCUAUGCCACGGUCCGCGCCAUCCUGCCUGACGUGUUCGGCGACGAAAAGAUCUUCCACCCCCUAGGCCCGGGCUUCGCCAAGUACGGAGUCUCCCAGUUCGAGCACGUGGUGGGCAUAGCGCAGAACCUAGACCCCGAGUCAAACCGCGUGACCGUAUGCACGAAAGCCGACGGACAACAGCGAACUAUCGACUAUGACACUCUCGUCAUCGCCACCGGCUCCUCCUACAAGGACGCCAUGCCCUUCAAAAAUCUUACCGACACGGCGACUACCAAAGAUGAGAUUCAAUGCCUCCGCGAGAAGAUUGCAGCAGCGCGUUCCAUCGUGGUGGCCGGUGCUGGCCAGACGGGCGUCGAGGUGGCGGGCGAGCUGGGCGAGAAAUACGGGCUCGCGGGGACUAAGGAGAUCACGUUGAUAGCUAAAGAUGCAUUACCGCUGGGGUCCGAAGUGCGCGACGACGUGCGCCGGACGGUAGUCCACGAGCUGGCCAAGCUGAAGGUCAAGGUUCUGGCGAAUACGCGCGUCGUGGACGCCACGAUCACGCCGGCGGGCACGCAGUCCCUGACGCUGCAGCGGAUCAGCGGUUACAACAAGAGCGAGAACCAUCAGAUCGGCGCUGCCUCGACGAUGCUCGAGACGGACCUCUACAUCCCCACUUUUGGCGUGCGCCCUAACACGGCCUUCGUGCCGGCAGCUAUGCUCGAUGCCGAUGGCCGCGUGAAAGUAGACCGCGAGACGUUGCAGGCUACUGGUUACUCCAACAUUUUCGCCAUGGGCGAUGCCAGCAACGCCCAGACAGCUAACGGGAAGCACGCUGACGCGCAAGUACGCUUCCUAGCCCCGGCUAUGCAGGAUCGGCUGGCCGGGCGCACAAUGCCCACCUAUAAUGCUAACGAUACCUUCGUGUUCGCCGUCACCCUCGGCCGAUACCGCGGCACUGGCCAGGUGGGCAACAGGCGGCUAUGGGGGUGGAUUGUCCGUAUGACUAUUGGCAAGCAUAUGGGUACCGACUACGCGCCUGACAUAGCGGCUGGGAACAGGACAAUGACACAAACGAAAUGGUAG